AUGUCACAACGUCCUCGUCGGCCUGGCGACUCGCCCGGCCGCGAUUCUAAUCCCGAUUCCGAAAGCCAUUCGGAAGCUACAUCAACUGAUCCAGUAUCGGUGGCAAUUUCUGGCUCCGAGUAUACUUCGCAGGAUGUAAAUAAUGAAGCUGAACAUCAUGGAGGCAACACUGACGGCAACGCCAGCGGCAGCAGCGGCAACAGCGGCAAUAGUGGCAACAGCGGUAGCAAUAAUGCAGAUAGAGCACCCCCUCCAGCAGCGGAGUUUGGCUUGUACCAGCUCAUGGACGCUGUCUUCGGGCGCCAGCUUGGCAACCCAAGUUCCGGGAACAUUGGUAGAAGUACGAAUGAUCCCAACAGUACUGUUUCAGGUAACACUGACGACAACAGCAACAAUGGCAGCAAUGGUAGCGGAGGACUUGGAAGCAGUAAUGCUACUGGUUCUGAUGGAGCCAACGUUGCAGGGGAGACCACUACGGCUGCCUCUAUUGAAAUACCACCAGCUCCAGAGCCAGAAAAUGGAGACACUUCAGAUAAUUCUGGCGCCAUUGUCAUCACCGUCAAUUACAUGUUCAUGGAAGGAGGAGACCAAACCAAUCCGGGUAGAACAGGAUCGCUCGUGGUGACACUCCCCAACAAUGCAACCAACAGAGAACCCCGUAUCAUCUCGCUGUUCAUUUCUUUGGCUACACGCAUGGCAUAUUCGGCAUUAGUGACCAAUGCGCCAAAAGUACACCCUGGAGUCACGUUGGAUAAAUUCAAUUCUUUUGUUAUCAAGAAUGCAAGAGACUUGGCCGACUCGACAUGUUCCAUCUGCUUUGAGGAAUAUGAUACCCCGGUCGAGUUGCCUGAGAUCCCCAAAGUCUCGCUCGAGACCAUUGCUUCGAAGAAGAGAAAGUUAGGCAUAAACUCCCACUGUGUAUCGGCUACAAGCUCCACAGACCGACUUCCAGAAUCACCUAACAUGGCCGGAGAGACGCCCGGAACUGAUACGGAGUCUGUAGCAUCCGAUUUGGGAGCUACCGCGUCGACAUCUGGCUCUACAAACGAAAACGACGAGUCGCGGCCCAAGUACUUGUGCGAGCACAACGAGGAGUACAACCAUUUGCCUGUGCAAAUGCCAUGUGGCCAUAUUUUUGGCCAGUCAUGUUUGUCACAUUGGCUUAAGGCAAACACAAGCUGUCCCUUGUGUCGUGUUUCUGUUGCAGACGCUCAGCAACAGCCACAGGUGACUCCUAUCAGUUACAUCCGCUUUGGAGGCUUGAACAACUCUACGGAUGAUUUGACUGCACCGCUGUCGGCCCUGGCAAACGACAGUACAAGUAGUGACGCUACUGACCUAGCGGGUAAUGCAGAGUCUAAUCGAGAAGAGUCCGGUCCUGGCUUGCUCGACAGAGCAACUCUGGUUCUCUUCAACCCUCUACUGGCUCCCUCGCAGGAUGAGAGUAUAACACCUUUGCUUCCGAAUACCAACAGAAGACGUUCAAGAAACUCUGCUGUUUCGCCCGUAAUCGAAAAUAUUCUCAACUACUUUGGCAGGGCCAGAAGACAAAGGGAAGCCGAUGCAUCAGGAGGAACAUCUCUUUUUGCAUCAGGUGUCUCGAGCAGAAGAACCUCGGAUGGUGUCGAAACAGUGACAUCUGACCACUUCAGCCCAAUUGAGAAUUUUCACAACUUCACAAGUUUGACGGGCCACAACGGCACUGAAUCCACUGACGACCAAAAUAAUGAUAGCGCCUCAAGUUCGAACACACAUGUCGAUAACGACAAUAAUGACGUAAGCAACGGUUCGAAUGAGGACAACUAG